AUGAAGGCUGCUCUUGCUAUCCUCUUCUUUACCUGUAUUGCUGGUUCUAUGGCUAGUGAUUUAUCUACCCUUUUGAACCUUGCUACUCAACAAGGUCAAGGAAUCAUUCAAAGCGUCCUCGCUAACCUUCAACAAACACUUAUGGGACUCCUCAGCAACGGUGUCGGUCAACUCACAACACUCAUUGGCAGCAUUGGCGGUCGAUUCGACAUUGACUUCAACCAAAUCUUCAGUCAACUUACAUCGAGCCUUCCAACUUUAGUCAACAGUCUUCUUGCCCAACUCGUUGGUUCACUUCCAUCAUUACUCAGUGGUAGUCGUGCUCUUGAUAUUGGUGCCAUCUUCGGAGAUUUCUGGAAUCAAAUCAGUGGAUCAGUCGCUGGAAUCGGUCAACAUCUUUUGAACCAAGGUUUAUCAGCUGUUCUCGGCUCACUUUCUGGUGGAUCACGUGCUUUUGGUGACUUCUGGUCUUCACUCACAGAACAACUCAGCGGUGCUGUCAGCGUUGCUCAAGGUGCUAUCCAAGGUGCUUUAGGUAAUCUUGCUGCUAUCGGUUCAGGUAUUAUUGAUGCCUCAAAACCACACUUCCAACAACUCCAAGAACAACUUGUUGGUCAUGGACUUAACGCCCUCGGAUCACUCUCCGAAACCAUCAACAACCUUCACGGUUCAAUCGUCGGUCGUCGUUAA